GGAAGAGGCGGGGCGUAGUGACGUCAGGGAUGUUUUGCUAACGAUUAGCUUCGGCAGGCUAACUUUGUUUAGUAGUUGACGUCUCUUCUUCAGCUCUCCCUGAAGUGAGCAGACUUUUAGAUCACACCUUUAACGGAACAUUGGACAUAAAUGUGAUUUGUUAUUUGAUUUAAAACCAACAGACGGACAGGAGGAGCCAUGAACGGGAGCAGCAACCCGCUGCUGGACAAAGAGGAGCACGUUUUAAAGCUCGGAGAAAGCUUCGAGAAGAGGCCCAAAUCUUCUUUUCACACCAUCAGAUAUGACUUCAAACCAGCGUCCAUCGACACGAGCUGUGAGGGAGAGCUGCAGGUCGGGAAAGGAGAUGAAGUCACCAUAACGUUACCUCAUAUUCCAGGCUCCACGCCUCCCAUGACGGUGUUCAAAGGGAACAAGCGUCCGUACCAGAAGGACUGCGUGCUCAUCAUUAACCACGACACGGGCGAGUUCGUCCUGGAGAAGCUGAGCAGCAGCAUCCAGGUCAAGAAGACGAGGGCGGAGGGCAGCAGUAAAAUCCAGGCUCGCAUCGAGCAGCAGUCGGUUCGCUCCAGCCAGCCCAGCUCUCAAUUCAGGGCCCCCACCAAGCCCGGGGCCGGGGUCAAGACCUCCCCGUCCCCCUCCAAAGAUAAUCCCUUCCCCGAGCCUCAGCUGGAUGACAUCAAGAGAGAGCUGCGAGCGGAGGUGGAGGUGAUCGAGCAGAUGAGCAGCAGCGGCAGCAGCAGCUCCUCUGACUCAGCCAGCGCCUCGGGGAGCGGCGACGACAGCAGCAGCGACGGCGAGCACGACGCCCCCCGACCCCUCAGCCAGACCUCCCCAAACCGCCACCCCGUGGUCAACGGAGGAGCCGACCGGCAACAAGGAAACAACCAGCUCAUGAACACACUCCGAAACGACCUCCAGCUCAGCGAGUCGGGCAGCGACAGCGACGACGACUGAGCGCCGCUGGUCAGUCUCUCUCCCUCUCUCUCCUCUCUCUCUCUCUCUCUCUCUCUCUCUCCUCUUUCUCUCUCCUCUCU